CGUGACCUUGCGAACGACCUCUAAUUCGGCAUCAGCAUAUCCGUCACUUUGUCCUGUUUUAUCGCAUCACCUAGUCUCUGAAUUGUCUUGUGAACGGUUUUUGGUGCGAAUAAACAUUAUUUAACCGAUCGAGAUAUGAUACGUACCACAGCAAGACUACGUAAUGAUUUGGCACGCACGAUAUUCCGAAGUGGUGUGCGCACCAACACCGUUAGGACCGUGAUCAUUAGAUGUCUUCACAGAAAAUAUUUACAAAGGAUUCAGGUCCACGAUAAUUUACGUUUUACGGUGAUACCAUGGCAACAGCAAUCACGGUUUUAUGCAGAUUUUCCUGACCAUGUUAAAGUACAAUUACCUGCACUAUCUCCUACUAUGGAAACAGGCACUAUUGUUAGUUGGCAAAAAAAAGAAGGUGAUAAAUUAAACGAAGGUGACUUAUUAGCAGAAAUUGAAACUGAUAAAGCAACAAUGGGAUUUGAGACCCCGGAAGAAGGUUAUUUAGCUAAAAUACUUGUACCUGCAGGAACUAAAAAUGUUCCCAUAGGCAAACUUGUUUGCAUCAUUGUUCAAAGUGAAGACAGCGUUGCUGCUUUUAAGGACUUUAAGGAUGAUACGGUAGCACCAACUGUUGCACCACCAGCACCGGCUGCACCUGCUGCGCCUACUCCAUCUACGCCUGUAACUGCAGCUGCACCUCCACCUCCACCUCUACAUACUACCCCUUCAAAAAUCACACCUGGAGAAAGGAUAUAUGUCAGUCCAUUAGCUAAAAGAAUUGCUGCUGAAAAAGGACUUAGUUUAGAGGGCUUGAAAGGAACAGGCCUAUACAAUUCUAUAACAUCUAAAGAUCUUGAAGGCGUCUCAGCUGUUGCAAGACCAGCAAUAUCUGCACAACCAAUUGGUACAACUGGUGCUGAUGUCCCUGUAUCAAAUAUACGGGCAGUUAUAGCGAAACGUUUACUUGAAAGUAAACAAAGUAUUCCUCAUUAUUAUCUUUCGAUAGACAUACAAAUGGAUGAAGCUUUAGCAAUGCGAGAGCAAUUCAAUAAGAUGUUAGAAAAAGAAAAAGUUAAAAUAAGCGUUAAUGAUAUCAUUAUCAAAGGAAUGGCAAUGGCUUGUAAAAAAGUACCCGAGGGUAACAGUGCUUGGAUGGGUGAUGUUAUAAGACAGUAUACUAAUGUAGAUGUAAGUGUAGCAGUAAGCACAGAGUCUGGUUUGAUUACUCCUAUAGUGUUUAGUGCAGAUACAAAAGGUGUUGUCCAAAUUAGCAAAGAUGUUAAAACGUUAGCUGCUAAAGCAAGGGAAGGAAAGUUGCAGCCACAAGAAUUUCAAGGAGGCACAAUAACCGUUUCGAAUUUGGGAAUGUUUGGCAUUAAAAGCUUUUCUGCCAUUAUAAACCCUCCUCAGUCUAUUAUUCUUGCAAUAGGUGCAACAGAAAAAAGACUAAUACCCGCGAAAAAUGAUAAAGGAUUUACCACUGCCCAAUUUAUGACUGUAACUGCUAGUUGUGAUCACCGUACGGUGGAUGGUGCAGUAGGUGCACAAUGGCUUUCAGCCUUUAAAAGCUUCAUGGAAAAUCCAACGACCAUGCUUUUAUAAAAUCAAUAAAUUAUUACAUGAGGCAACAAUUAUAUCAUGAAAACCUAAUCAUUGAUGUAGUGAUGUAUGGUUUUUGUUUGAUUAAUCUGUCAUCAACGUUGCUACAAUAAAAGAUUAAGGACUAUUCUCCGAAAUUCUUUUUAAAAUGAAAACAACAGUUCGAAAUACUUUCUUUUAAAUGUAGAACACAUACUGCCAAUUUAGUUUAUUGUUUAAAAAUGAUUAAAUGAUUCUAAAAUUGAUGAAAUGAGCUCUUGGUAAAUAACUAUUAAACAUCUAAAUCAGUGUGCCAAUAAUAUCUUCAUAUCAAUCUUCAAUGGCCACUUGUAAAUAUAUGUAUUUAUGUAAAAUGCUUUGUUUAUAUAGCUCAAAAAAUAAAUUAUCAGAAAAUUAAUAAAUAAAAAAAAAUAAACUUUA